AUGAGCGCGGCUUUCCAGCCCUCGCUGAUGAUGAUGCAGCGCCCGCUGGGAAGCAGCACGGCCUUCAGCAUCGACUCGCUCAUCGGCAGCCCCCCGCCGCCCGCCCCCGGCCACUUCGUCUACACCGGCUACCCCAUGUUCAUGCCCUACCGGCCCGUGGUGCUGCCGCCGCCGCCGCCGCCGCCGGCGCUGCCGCAGGGCGCGCUGCAGCCGGCGCUGCCCCCCGCGCACCCCCACCACCACCAGCUGCCCAGCCUGCCCACGGGCUUCUGCUCCAGCCUGGCCCAGGGCAUGGCCCUCACCUCCACCCUCAUGGCCACGCUGCCCGGCACCUUCCCCGCCUCCCCCCAGCACCAGGAGGCCGCCAGGAAGUUCGCGCCCCCGGGCAACUUCGACAAGGCCGAGGGGCUCCCCCCGGACGGCGGCGGCGACGACGGCAAAGCCUUCCUGGGCAAGGACGGCGCCCUACUGCCCUUCCCCGCCGCCGACGCCGUCCAGGCCUCCCUUGUCGGGGCUAUCCGGGGACAGGGGAAGGAUGAUGCCAAAGCAGAAGAGGACCCAAAAGGCAAAGAGGAAAGUUUCUCCAUGGACAGCGAUCUAGACUACAGCUCCGACGACAACAUCACCGGCCAGGCGGCCCACAAGGAAGAGGACUCUGGCAACGCGCUGGAGGAGAACCCCCAGAACACCAACAACUCCAACAACACCACGUCCACGGGCAAAAACCGGAGGAGGCGAACAGCCUUCACCAGCGAGCAGCUGCUGGAGCUCGAGAAAGAAUUUCACUGCAAAAAGUACCUGUCUCUGACGGAGAGAUCCCAGAUCGCGCACGCCCUCAAACUCAGCGAGGUGCAGGUCAAAAUCUGGUUCCAGAACAGACGGGCCAAAUGGAAACGGGUCAAGGCAGGCAAUGCCAACUCCAAGACAGGCGAGCCGUCCCGAAACCCUAAGAUCGUGGUACCCAUCCCGGUGCACGUCAGCAGGUUUGCGAUCAGAAGUCAGCACCAGCAGCUGGAGCAAGCCAGACCCUGAUCUCUCCCUGCCCGCGGAGCCACGAGGUUGGAUGCAAAUAGUUUCCAAAUCGGGGUUUCAAACCAGCCCAUACCUCCCACCCCCCCCCAAAAAAAAGCAAAAAAAACCCCACAAAA